AGGAAACUUAGGAGAAAUUGAAACUCCUGGGUAAAGGAGGGCCACCCGAGCGUGUGCUGGCAUCAGGACCGCAGUUGCUCCGUCCCCGCCAUGAACCGCACAUCCCAGCCCUUCUUCACUGGGGCCCACGGGGCGGUGCCCCCAGCCUACGAGGUGCUGAAGGAGGAGCACGAGGUGGCCGUGCUGGGGGCGCCCCAGAGCCAGGCGCCCGUGACGACCACGGUGAUCAACAUCCGCAGCGAGACCGCCGUGCCCGACCACAUCGUGUGGUCUCUGUUCAACACCAUCUUCAUGAACUGCUGCUGCCUGGGCUUCGUGGCAUUCGCCUACUCUGUGAAGUCUAGGGACCGGAAGAUGGUCGGCGACAUCACUGGGGCCCAGAGCUACGCCUCCACCGCCAAGUGCCUGAACAUCUGCGCCCUGGUCCUGGGCCUCCUUCUGAUUAUCAUCCUCAUCAUCAUUGUGUCCACCGGCUCCCUGAUGAUUCUUCAAGCACUCUCGGAGCUCAUACAGAACCAUGGAGGCCACUAGUCCCUGCCCACAGCCCGAGGCAGUCACCCCUUUUUCCUGCAGCUUAUACAGGCAUCUGUCCACCAUGAAAUAAAAGGAAGCAUUUGUACGUGA